GCGUCGUGGCGCGAGGAGUAGCGUGAACCGUAGAGUCUCUGAGAAAAGCACGCGAAAACGAGGUUCUGCCGGGGAGAGGCUCAAAGCACUCUGGGAAAUGUAGUCCAGUUCGCUUCGUAGAAGAUUCGCGGUGGGCGCCGGGGUUCCGGAAAGAGGCUGAGCCGGCUUGAAAAGAGGCUGUGACUAUGUCUUUUAACUCUGGAGCAGGAGCACAAGAAGUGUUUGUUUAAUGAAUGACCUUUCCAUUUGGGACCUGUUUAGACCCUGAGGAUAACUCUGUGAAUUGUUUUUCCUCUUCUGCUAUUUCUAACAGCUGAUAGUUCUCUGGGUCUGGCCUUUAGUGUUGAUCUCAGUAUGCUACGGCGAAAACCAACCCGCCUGGAGCUGAAGCUUGAUGACAUUGAGGAGUUUGAGAGCAUUCGAAAGGACCUGGAGACCCGUAAGAAACAAAAGGAAGAAGUGGACGUCGUAGGAAUCAGUGAUGGAGAAGGCGCCAUUGGGCUCAGCAGUGACCCCAAGAGCAGGGAACAAAUGAUUAAUGAUCGAAUUGGUUAUAAACCCCAACCCAAACCCAACAAUCGUUCAUCUCAAUUUGGAAGUUUUGAAUUUUAGAGGCGGAUUAUUUUGCAUGCCAGAGCCCUGGAAUGGAGUAGAAUGAUGGCAGAAGUACAAACAAGAUUUAGAGAACUGAGUGCUUGCAGUCAAGUAGAAUAUUUUACCUCCUGCAGAGAAAUACUUCUGCAUGAGAUUACUGAUGCUUAACUUUUGCUCGAAGUGGAAAUUGAAACUCUAGUUUGUCUCUGGAAAAUCUGACUCUAUAAAACUUGUCUCAUUUUUGUUUUUUAAAAUAAAUAUAUUUUUGGAAAAGUGUGCAAUGCCCUUAAUGAAGCAUAAUCCUAGCACUGUUAACCUUCAGACUUUAAAAGGUAAUUGCUAUGAGAGGUAACAUCACUCUUCCCACCUUUAUUGAGAGACUUGAAACACCGAACACUUGCAUUUGAUCCCUGUCACUAACUUUCUUCCAGCUUAUCUGUUCAGCAAGUAUUUAUUGAGUGCCUGUUAUAUGCCAGAUACUAUUCUAGGCACUUAGUAACAUUACUGAACAAAAUCAAAGAUACCUGCCCUUGUAGAGAUUAGAUUCUAGUGAUUUUGUGUAAAUGUAAUCAAGCUGUGGUUUCCAGAAUCUGUUUACAGAAUGGCUUUGUAGCUAGUCUGAGUGUAAUUUCGGGGGAGGGGACGGACAGUGGGGGGACACAAUAAUAGGAAUGCUCCUAAAAGGAAUUACCAUCAUUCCAGUUUUCCUUCCUUUUCCAACUGGCCUAAAAAUUUUUCCCACUGAGGAGCCAAUCGAGAGGAUGAUUUAGAAUCAAGUCCAGGGCACCGGGCUCACUCAGUUGGAGGAG